GGAAACCGAAACUGGAAGCCGGGGAGGAGGUGGAAGGACGCCCGUGCGGAUGCCCGUGCGGAUGCCCAUGCGGAUGCGGUGCGGAUGCGCUGCCCGGCCCGUGUGAGUGGAGAUGGCGCUCCGAAAGACCCCAGCCCGCGAUCUAGACAAGUUCAUAGAAGAACACCUCCUUCCGGACACAGACUUCAGCAGGCGGGUCAGAGCGGCCGUUGGUACCUUGUGCGCUUUCCUAAAGGAGCGGUGCUUCAGAAACGCCAGUCACCCCGUGAGGGUCUCCAAGGUGGUAAAGGGGGGCUCCUCAGGAAAAGGCACUGCACUCAGAGGCCGGUCAGAUGCCGACCUGGUGGUCUUCCUCAACAAUCUCACCAGUUUUGAUGAGCAGUUCAAUCGCCGGGCAGAGUUCCUUGAGGAAAUUAAGAAGCAGCUGGAAGCCUGCCAGCGAGAGCAGCAGUUUCGAGUGAUAUUCAAGGUCCAGAGUCCCUGGUGGUUCUGGUGGUUCACGCCCAGGGCGCUCAGCUUCACUCUGAGCGACCCCUACCUCCAGCAGGAAGUGGAGUUUGAUGUGCUGCUGGCCUAUGAUGCCCUGGGUCAUAGCAGCAAAUACAGCAAACCUGAACCCCACAUCUACGCCAGGCUCAUCCAUGAGUGCACCAACCUGAAGAGAGAGGGCGAAUUCUCCACGUGCUUUACAGAGCUGCAGCGCAGCUUCCUGAAGCAGCGUCCCCCCAAGCUCAAGAGUCUCAUCCGCCUUGUGAAGCACUGGUACCAACUGUGUAAGGAGAAGCUUGGGAAUCCACUACCCCCACAGUAUGCCCUCGAGCUGCUCACAGUCCACGCGUGGGAACGCGGGUGUGGGGAGACCUACUUCAACACAGCCGAGGGAUUCAAGACCGUCUUGCAGUUGGUCAUGGAGUACCAGAAGCUUUGUGUCUACUGGACGGUGUAUUACGACUUUAAUGACCAGUUUAUUUCUGACUACCUGUACAGACAGCUCCAGAAAACCAGGCCUGUGAUCCUGGACCCGGCUGAUCCUACAGGGAACGUGGCUAGUGAGGACUUGGAUGGCUGGCAGAGGCUGGCAGGAGAGGCUGAGGCCUGGCUGCAGUACCCGUGCUUUAAGAAUUGGGAUGGGUCCCCUGUGGGCUUCUGGAACGUGCCGAUGGAGGUCAAAUUGCCACCUGUGCAGGAUGGCUUUUUCCACGGUUUUCGUUUCUUUUUGGUAUUUUUGCUUCUGGUUGUUUUGUUUGGGAUAUCCAAUUCUUUUCUCCCUCUUUUGAUUUUGCUUCUGUUUGUCUGGCUUAAGAAUUCCAAAAUUUUUCUCUCUAUUCUAACUUUCCUUGUUAAUUGUUUGGUUUCGGGAUGUUAUUGUUUAUGUCUUUGUUUGUGUUUGGGUUUUUGGGGUUGUCUUUUAUUUGGUUUUUUAAAGCAAGGAGCUGUUUCAAGGUAGGGUCUAGCCCAGGCUGACCUAGAAUGCACUAUGUAGGCUCAGGGUGGCCUCGAACUCACCACGAUUUUCCUACCUGGGCAUCCCAAAUCCCAAAUCCUUGGAUUAAAGGUGUGUGCCGUACACCC